GAUGAGUCUCAGAUUCCGGAAGAUGGUAAGAUGAUCCAUUCUUCUUUCGUUGUUUAGUCUUGGUCAAAGACGAGUCCCGAGAAUGAAGUCSGCAAAAAUAGUUUUACCAAUAGUGCGCACGUGACGUCAUCAUUGACAAAGGGCUACAAAGAUAACAGAGCACUAUUUCGAUCCACCUGGAACUUCCGGAAUUUUGUGUCAUCUCUUUUCAUCACCCGUAGUUUUUACCUGCCGUACUCGUAUCCGGUAUUGAAACCUUAAGAACAAAAAAAGGAAAUUGGCAGAAACCAAAUUUCCUGCCGGAACGACGCCAAAAAAUCUUCGACAACAAAAAGAGGAUUUUUUGUUUCUACCGUGAUCAUCUCAAGAUUGKGCACAAAUUCGACAUAUCAACUAUWAAUCACAAUCUGAACAACAAGAAACAACCAUGGCGCUCAACUCAACCGCUUUUCUCCRUGUUGCAUCCCGUCGUUGCGCUCGUUCGGUCAGUGCACGAACUACCGCCAGCACGCAGCGCUCCUUUUGGUCGACGACUCCCACCGCUAUUUCCAAAGAAGAGGUCCAGGGACUCUUUUACAAAUGGAACGACGCUCUUGCCACACUAGACAGUGACAAGGUCGCCCRGCGAUACGGCGAUAACGCUCUGUUGCUGCCAACCGUGUCUGAUGAGCCCCGCAACGACUACGCUAGUAUCAAGGACUAYUUUGACAACUUCUUGCAGAAAAAGCCACAGGGAGAAAUCCUGGAAUCCUUUGUGCAGAUCGGAGACUGCGGAAAGUGGGCCCAGGACAACGGAAUCUACGAGUUCACCAUGGGUGCCUCCGGCGAUAAGGUCAAGGGGCGAUAUACUUUUGUCUAUACCAAGGCAGAYGGAGACGACGAGUGGAAGAUUUCUCACCACCACUCCUCSCAAAUGCCGGAAGAAAUCAUGCCCAAGAAGCAAGCUGGAGCGGAAUACGUCAAUGCCUCCGAAACCCGGGCUCUCUUUGACCUUUGGAACGACGCACUGGCCACGCUCGACCCCAAGAAGGUUGCCGCCCGCUACAGCAAGGACGCCAUUUUGUUGCCCACCGUCAGCGAUACACCGCGAACGACCCCGGAGGCCAUCGAGGACUACUUUGUCCACUUUUUGAAGAGCAAACCCCAGGGUGUCAUCGAGGAGGGCGUGACCAUCAGUGACGAGCCCAACUGGGCCAAGGAUGCCGGUGUUUACGAGUUUACCAUGGGAGCCACUGGCGACAAGGUGAAGGGACGCUAUUCGUUCGUCUAUGUCUUUGAGGACGGGGAAUGGAAGAUUGCCCACCACCACUCCAGUGUCAUGCCCGAGGGCGUUUUGGCCGCCAGUUCCAAACUUGAUGCGGUCAAACAGGCGCUCGCAGAGUAAGAAAACAAGCAACACCGAUUGCCGAAUCAAUGCGACCAACUCGG